GCGCCUCCCCGGCCGGCCCCCGCCCCGCGCCCGCCCUCCGCCGCGCUGGCCCUUCCCGCCGCCUCACCCGGCCCGCCCGUCUGUCUUUCCAGUCUGGCCGGGGGGCCGCACGCUCGGCGGCUCGGGCCGUGCGACCGUGGUCACGCCCUUUUCAGAAAUUCUCGGCUGGUAAUCGCGAAGCCGACAGGGAGCAAGAGCUGGGGGAACCUGGAGAAAACCGCUUCCAUCUGACUUGAUUCUGGCAGGAAGUGGGCUCCGUAUCGUAGUAACCAGCAUUUGCCAAGCGCUCUCAAAGGCUCUGGGGUGGCUCAUCUCAGAGAUUCCUUGGGAGCUGAGCCCUUCGCAGGAUCCAUGCCCCAGCCUGUGCACCCAUGACCAGGUGGAUAGCAUUCCAUGUACCCGUGACCCAGAAUCCUGGCUGACCACACUGAAGCAGGAUGCUCCAGCAGGUUAACGGCCACAGUUCAGGCUCUGCUGCCCACAGCGGGGAGUCCCUCAGGGAAGACCUGCAGGAGUUCCUGGGCGGGGAGGCCCCACUGCAACAGCUCGAUGACCUCACCAAGGUGAAUCCUGUGACACUGGAGACAGUCCUGAGGUGUCUGCAGGCCCGGUACACGGCUGACACAUUCUACACCAACGCCGGCUGCACCCUGGUGGCUAUGAACCCCUUCAAGCCUGUCCCUCAGCUCUACUCGCCCGAGCUGAUGCAAGAGUACCACGCUGCGUCUCAGCCCCAGACACUGAAGCCCCACAUCUUCACUGUGGGUGAACAGACCUACAGGAAUGUCAAGAGCCUGAUGGAGCCGGUCAACCAGUCUAUUGUUGUCAGUGGAGAGAGUGGCGCUGGAAAGACGUGGACAUCCCGCUGCCUGAUGAAGUUCUACGCCGUGGUAGCCGCCUCACCCACGUCCUGGGAAAGCCACAAGGUUGCCGAGAGGAUCGAACAGCGCAUCUUGAACUCCAACCCCGUCAUGGAAGCUUUUGGGAACGCGUGCACGCUGAGGAACAACAACAGCAGCCGCUUCGGGAAGUUCAUCCAGCUCCAGCUGAACGGGGCCCAGCAGAUGACGGGAGCUGCAGUUCAGACCUACCUCCUGGAGAAAACUCGAGUGGCCUGCCAGGCCCCCAGCGAGAGGAACUUCCACAUCUUCUACCAGAUCUACAAAGGAGCCCACGCGGAGGAGAGGGUCCGGUGGUGCCUCCCCGAGGGAGCCACCUUCUCCUGGCUGCCCCGCCCAGAGAGGACCUUGGAAGAGGAUUGUUUCGAGGUGACCAGGGAGGCCAUGCUUCAUUUGGGCAUCGAUGCCCCCACCCAGAACAACAUCUUUCAGGCCCUGGCUGGAUUGCUGCACCUUGGCAACACCCAGUUUGCUGACUCAGGAAACGAAGCCCAGCCCUGCCCACUGGUGGAUGAUGCUCAGUGCUCUGUUGGGACGUCAGCCUUGCUGCUGGGGCUCCCGGAAGAUCAUCUGCUGGAAACACUGCGGAUUCGAACCAUCCGGGCGGGCAGGGGCCGGCAGGUGUUCCGGAAGCCCUGCUCCCAGGCCGAGUGCGAUACCCGCAGAGACUGUCUGGCCAAACUGGUCUAUGCACGGCUGUUUGACUGGCUGGUCUCGGUGAUCAACAGCAGCAUCUGUGCCGCCCCCGACUCCUGGACCACUUUCAUAGGCCUGCUGGACGUGUACGGGUUUGAGUCGUUCCCCAACAACAGCCUGGAGCAGCUCUGCAUCAACUACGCCAACGAGAAGCUGCAGCAGCACUUCGUGGCUCACUACCUCCGGGCCCAGCAGGAGGAGUACGCAGUCGAGGGCCUGGAGUGGUCGUUUGUCAGCUACCAGGACAAUCAGCCCUGCUUAGAUCUCAUCGAGGGGAGCCCCGUCAGCAUCUGCUCCCUCAUAAACGAGGAGUGCCGCCUUAAUCGGCCAAGCAGCGCAGCCCAGCUCCAGACGCGCAUCGAGAGCGCCCUGACUGGCCACCCCCGCCUGGGCCGCGACAGGCUGAGCCCGGAGCCCAGCUUCAUUGUGCUGCAUUACGCGGGGCCCGUGCGGUACUGCACCAGAGGCCUGGUGGAGAAGAACAAGGACCCUGUUCCCCCGGAGCUGACCAGGCUCCUCCAGCAAUCCCAGGACCCCCUGCUCAAGGUGCUGUUUCCUGCCGACCCCGAAGAAAAGUCCCAGGAGGAGCCCUCCGGCCAGAACCGGACCCCUGUGUUGACCGUGGUUUCCAAGUUCAAGGCCUCCCUGGAGCAGCUCCUGCAGGUGCUACACGGCACUACACCCCACUACAUUCGCUGCAUCAAGCCCAACAGCCAGGCCCAGGCGCAGAUAUUCCACCGAGAGGAGGUCCUGAGCCAGCUGGAGGCCUGUGGCCUCGUGGAGACCAUCCACAUCAGUGCCGCCGGCUUCCCCAUCCGGGUCUCUCACCGGAACUUUGUGGAGCGGUACGAGCUACUGAGAAGGCUCCGUCCUGCCACAACCCCCGGCCACCAUGGCCUGUAUCCGGAUGGAGGGCGCUCAGAGCACCCUCCGUGCACCGAGCCGGCCACGCUGCAGGGCCUCCUCCAGGAGAUCCUCCACGCACUGCCAGCCCCGCUGCACUGCGGCAGGACCAAGGUGUUCAUGACCGACUCCACGCUGGAGCUCCUGGAGCGCGGGCGUGCCCAGGUGCUGGAGCAGUGUGCCCGCCACAUCCAGCGUGGCUGGAGGAGACACCGGUGCCGCACGCAGGCCAGGCGGAGGCGGGCAGCUGUGCUCAUCCAGGCAGCCGUCCGUUCCUGGCUGACUCGGAAGCACGUCCAGCGGCUGCACGCGGCUGCCACAGUCAUCAAGCGUGCGUGGCGGGAGUGGAGGAUCAGAAUGGCCUUCCUUGCUUCUGAAGAACUGGAUGGUGUGGAAGAAAAACACUCAUCUCAAGCUCCCUGCUCUCCGAGCUCCAGCCCACUGCCCCUGGCUCAGACCGGGCUCCAGGGCGCAAUAACCCGCCUCUGGCCCCUGGGACUGGCCCUGGCCAACGCAGCGGUGGGUGUUCAUGGCUUUCAGAGGAAGCUGGUGGUCUUCGCCUGCCUCCAACUCCCUGUGGGCAGCCCCAGGAGCUGCGCCAUCCAGACGGCCCAAGAACAAGCUGGAGUCCUGUCCAUCCGAGCGCUGCCUCAGGCCUUUUCCUGCCAGCGGCCUCGCCAGAGACAUGUAAUCAACACCCGGCUGCCAGACGACUCCCACAACGACUCCGAGCGCACUCAGGGAGCCGUGGCUCCGCAGGCAGGCGGGCCAGCGGCUGCACCAGUGGCCUGGGGCGGCAGGCUACGCACCCCCUGCCUCCACACCCUGAUGGGUGUCAGGGUUGACAGUGACCAAACCAGGAUUAGGAAACAUCAGGGCCUUCACUACCUUCACGGAUCCAACUCAGCGGUGCUGGCCAUCACUGCAGCGGGCACCCCACUCUUCCAGCCCCACAGGCAAAGUCAGUUGAUAUCAGCUCUAGAAUUGUGGCUGGGGAAACUUUGCCUUGAGUUCCUUUAAAAGGAACAAAACCUUACUAUUUAAAUAUGUGAUUAAUUUAAUGUCAAACAACUAGAUUGUAAAUCAAGAAUGAUCAAUGCAAUAUACCAAAGAAACACCACACCGAAAUUUUAUUUAGAAACACUGAGCAAGUUUUUACUCAAAUGGGUGUGGAAACUCAGUAAAUAUUUAUGUCUUAAUUGUACCAAAAAUAAAACACUUA